AUGUGGUCGGCCCCACACUGCGCCUGCUGCCAGCAGCUGCUGCAGCGGCUUGCUGCUUGUCCCUUCAUGUCUUGUGUCCUUUUGCUGCUGGCAGCUUUUGCUGCGCUGCGGCUCAUAGUUGCUUUCGUGACUCUUUGCUGCUACACCGGAAAGCGGCUGCAGCAGCUGCUGCUGCCGCGGGGGGCCCCCGGGGGGGGCCCCGGGGAGUGGGCCCUUAUAACUGGGGCCUCAGAUGGAAUUGGAAAAGCCUUGGCUAGCCAGCUAGCCAAGGCAGGAGCUAGCCAGCUGCUGCUGGUGGCCCGCAGCGAAGAAAAGCUCAAGGAUGUUGCCACUGAACUGGAGCUGACAGCAAGUGGCCCGCUGAAGGUGUGUCGUUUGGUGGUGGACUUUGCUGCUGAAAGUUCGGAGGAGAUUUUCAAGAAAGUCUCGGAAGCAAUUAAAGACAAAAACAUUUCUCUCCUCGUCAACAACGCAGGCAUCUCCUACCCCCACGCAAUGUACUACGACGAGGUGCCUCUUUCUCUUAUCGAAGAGCUGAUUGACGUCAACGUCAGGUCCGCCCUCGUUGUCACCCGCGCAGUCCUCCCGGGCAUGAAGGCGCGAAAGAAGGGUUUGGUGGUUUGCGUCGGCAGCAGCAGCUCCGAGCUGCCCUCAGACCCUCUCUAUUCAGCUUAUGCUGCUUCCAAAGGCGCAGUGGAGGCCUUUUGCCGCUCCCUCCAGCUGCUCGGGCCUGGCGAGAGAGGCUGCAGGCUUUAG